CGCAGGGGAAGCCAAUUGCUCCUCUUCGUCUCUUUCUGUCCGUCUCAAUACGAUGUAAAACUGAGACAAUACAAAUGUCUCUGCAUCGUUGACGUGACAGCUGAUAGUUAGAGACAGUCAAAAUGGCAGCGUUUGUGGGUUCUGUCUUGCCUUCGUAAGGUCUCGACUGCAGGUAGUACAGAUAGCUAGCUAGUUAGCGAACGUUGGCAAGGAUCUCCCAACCUUUUGGUUGAUGACUUACUGACGUUAGGCAGUGUCGCUAGCUAGCUUAGCAAGCUGACGUCGUUGGAUCUUUUCCCCCUCAGUUUACUGCAUUAGCUAACGUUAUAUCUGUUAAAGUUGCUAACCAGUUGUAGCUGUCCUGUUUUACAUAUGUAGACAAACAGCCAGCCUGCAAGCUAGCUACAUGUCUAAAUGGAGUCAGACACGAGCGAUUCAGAGGAAUUCUAUGAUACAACUGAAGAUGUCAAUUUACUUCCUUCUCCAAAUACGUCGCCUGCAAAGGCUGUCCUUUCCACAACAAAGGAGAGUGAGGAGACUCUGACAGAGGCAGGCCCCUCGCUGGCCCUACAGGAGGCCCGCCAUGAUGACUCUCUCCAGAUCAUCGACAGCAUCAUUGAGGAGAGCCAGAGGGGGAGUGCGGCGGAGGAGUCAUCGCUGAAGCAGGACCGUCUGGAGCUUCAGAGCGAGACACCUGAGGUACCUGUGGUCCCGGAGGCACCGGCUGUGGAGGAGGGGGCUGCUGGUGAAAGCCCAAAGGAGCCGGCUGAGGUGUGCGAUGAACAGGAGGGCGCGGGGGCCAUGCCUAUUGCCGGGGCUCCAGAGGCCCCCUGCCCGGCAGCUGCGAGAGCCCCGGACAUCACCAGCAUCCUCGUCCAGAGUGAUCCUGUCCCACCCUGGCCCCAGGCGUCCUCGGAGGAGGGGCCGGAACAGAGAACAGCCGACAUUUUGGAGCAGGUCUCUCUCAAGGACUCUCCCACCCCCACGAAGCCUCAGCGACAGUUUACCGCAGAGCCAGACAUUGUAGCCAGCACCAAGAAGACCCCGCCCAUAUGCUCAACCCCGCCUAGAGGCACCCCGCCUCCCCGACCCCCUCCUCCGUCCCGACCUCCACCGCCAUCCCGGAAACAGACCCAGGAGGCGAUACGCCCAACAGGACUGGAAGUGUCCUCAAAGCCAGUGGAGCCUUGUGGCCUGAUGUCUCCCACCACAGCGGUAGAAAGCAUCACCAAGGAGCUGCAGCUUUCUCUGGACUUGGUCAGUGCCACCAGUGGGGGCAAACUGGUGACCACCCAGGAGAAUGAUAGACAAGGCCUCACUCCUACUAACAGCGAGACGGCCGGACCCCAGCGACCACGCUCCAACUCUGGCCGUGAGCUGACGGAUGAGGAGAUCCUGGCGAGUGUGAUGAUUAAGAACCUGGACACUGGGGAGGAAAUCCCGCUGAGCCUGGCGGAGGAGAAGCUGCCCACUGGAAUCAAUCCGCUCACACUCCACAUCAUGAGACGGACGAAAGAGUACAUCACGAACGAUGAAGCACAGUCAGACGAUGAAGACAAGUCCCAGGCCCAUUUAGCUGAGACAGAUGGAGGAAAGCUCAAACAGAGAACCACGCAGCUGAAGAAGUUUUUGGGCAAAUCUGUUAAGAGGGCCAAACACCUGGCAGAGGAGUACGGUGAGAAGGCGGUCAACAAGGUGAAGAGUGUCCGUGAUGAAGUGUUUCACACGGAUCAGGACGACCCCUCCUCCAGCGAUGAUGAGGGCAUGCCCUACACCAGACCCCUCAAAUUCAAAUCGGCCCACAGCUUCAAGGGACCUUUUGACUUCGACCAGAUCAAGAUUGUCCAGGACCUGAGCGGGGAGCACAUGGGCGCAGUGUGGACAAUGAAAUUCUCACACUGCGGAAGACUGCUGGCCAGUGCAGGACAAGACAACGUGGUGCGGAUCUGGGUCUUGAAGAACGCCUUCGACUUCUUUAACAACAUGCGGAUGAGGUACAACACAGAAGGUCGAGUUUCUCCCUCCCCUUCUCAGGAAAGCUUGUGCUCUUCAAAGUCAGACACGGAGUGGAUUAACAACACCCCAGAAGACCCUGACACGGAGGACAGGAACGUGCCGUUCCGACAGGUCCCCUUCUGCAAGUACAAAGGUCACACAGCUGACCUGCUGGACCUGUCCUGGUCAAAGAACUACUUUCUUCUGUCAUCAUCGAUGGACAAGACAGUCAGGCUGUGGCAUAUAUCCAGGAGGGAGUGUCUGUGCUGCUUCCAGCACAUAGACUUUGUCACGGCCAUUGCUUUCCAUCCCAGGGACGACAGGUAUUUCCUCAGUGGCUCUCUGGACGGAAAGCUGCGGCUCUGGAACAUUCCGGACAAGAAGGUGGCGCUGUGGAAUGAGGUGGACGGCCAGACACGGCUUAUCACCGCCGCCAACUUCUGCCAGAACGGGAAGUACGCCGUCAUCGGCACUUACGACGGGCGCUGCAUCUUCUACGAUACCGAGCACCUUAAAUACCACACCCAGAUCCAUGUGCGAUCCACCAGAGGCAGGAACCGAGUUGGCCGCAAGAUCACCGGGAUUGAGCCUCUUCCUGGAGAGAACAAGAUUUUGGUGACCUCAAAUGAUUCUAGGAUCCGCUUAUAUGACUUAAGGGAUCUUUCCUUGUCUAUGAAGUACAAAGGCUAUGUCAACAGCAGCAGCCAAAUCAAGGCUAGUUUCAGUCAUGAUUAUUCCUUCAUUGUGAGUGGCUCGGAGGACAAGUUUGUUUACAUCUGGAGUACCUACCACGACUUGAGCAAAUUUACCUCUGUCCGACGGGACCGCAAUGACUUCUGGGAAGGGAUUAAAGCCCACAACGCAGUUGUCACGUCGGCCAUCUUUGCCCCCAACCCCAGCGCGAUCGUCCCACCGGAGGCUGACGUGGAGAAGCUGGACGCAGAGUGCAAGAGCACAGGCUCCACGGACUCGGAAACCAUCCCCUCAGGUGCCCUGAAGACGGAUCACACAGAGGUUCUCAUCUCAGCAGACUUCACUGGUGCCAUCAAGGUCUUCAUCAAUGUGAAAAAGUACUGAGUUCGAACACCUAACCACCACUGCCCCCCUGACCCGCCCCACCAUCCACCCCAGCACUCAAGACAUCCUACAUUCCACACUGCAAAUCCUGUGCACAGUCCCUUCCCUGGAUGACUAAAACUCUGUAACUCAGCUGCUCAAGAGAUCCCUGAAGUGAAGGGAAAGGAUACGGUUUCCUACUCUUCCAGAGAACAGGGACUCUACAGUAGUGGAUUAUGGGAAAAUGAACAAGGAAUCCGUGUGUAGUGAAAAUAGAAUUGUGACUUGUCUGUCUGUCCUUAUGUUUUUGUUUUGGUUGGAGGACCAAGAGAAGAUAUACUGUAUGUGCUCAAUGCAAUUUCACGGGAAGCAGAAGACCUGAAAACUCUAUGGAAGAGUAUUCAUUUCCUGAGACAGAAAAAAGUUUAAAACACUGAUGCCUACAGGUACUGUCAGGUCAGGGGAGGGGCGUUUUUUUUAUUGCUGACGCACACACUCACAAUUUC